GCCAGGCUGCACUGGGAAUCGACACCGCCAUGAAAGACUUCACCGAAAUCACACUUUGCCCCGAGGCUCUGGACAACAGCAAGACCGAGUUCUGCAACCCCGUCUUUGAGGGCGAGGAGCCCCAGGCAGUGCCAAACGCCAAGCGCCCACCAGAGGAGGACGGGACCAGCCCUGCAUCACCCCAGGACGGCCUCGGUACCCACCUGGGGGUUUGUACACAUGCCCCUGUCCACGGGGCCACCAGGAGCAGCCAUGGGUCUGGGAGUGGGGUGGUGAGGCAAGCUCCCCACAGGGCUCUGGGGCCAUUUAGGGGACUCGCUAGCACCCUGGGGACAAGAGGUCAGGACAUGCCCAGCGGGGGCUCAGCUGGCCAUGCAGGGAGGUGGCAAGGUGGGGGCAUGUCUAGCAGUACCCUGGCUUUUCCUUGCCAUCUCGCAGGUCGGCGGCUCUGGGUCCAGGCAGGCUGGCGGUACCGUGCCGACUGCAAGUUUACCUGGCUCUGCGUGGCUCUGAUGAGUGCCAUCCUCCUCUUCCUCAUCGCCCUCCUGCUGGGCAUUGUCAUCCACCAGCUGACGUCCCCGCAGCCCCCUGGUGCCCCCGCCGCAGCCCUGCCUGCCCAUGGCACCGCCUCCACCACCGCAGCACCCACCCGAAGGGACCCUCCAGCCCCCAAAACAGCUGCCACCCCAACCCAGAGCUGGCUGCCCACAAGUGGCACACCAGCACUCAUGCCCACACUGUUGUCCCGUGCAGCCUGCGGUGGGACCCUGCGGGGCCCCGAGGGCUCCUUCAGCUCCCCCAACUACCCCGGCCCCUACCCACCCGAUGCACUCUGCAUCUGGCACAUCGAGGUGGACCCUGGCCUCACCAUCCAGCUGAAGAUGGAGAGGUUCAGCGUGGAGGGCACUGCCUCCUGCCUCUUUGACCGUGUGGAGCUCUACGAGGAGCCGGGGGCUGGUGGCACAGAUCCUGCCCUGGAUCGGGGGGGCCCAACCAGGUUUUGCGGCAAUGUGGUCCCCCCGACCUUCAACAGCAACUCCAACCACCUGCGUGUCAUCUUUGUCUCUGACAGCAGCGUGGGCGCCCCGGGCUUCAGUGCCCGUUACCGCGCCGUGGCUCCCAGCGAGAAGAGUUGUGCCUGGGACGAACACUUGUGCGAUCAGGGGCUCUGCCUCCACCUGGGCUUUGUCUGCGAUGGCUUCCACGACUGCACGGACAAGAGCGAUGAGGCCAACUGCAGCCUGAAGCACAAAGAAUGCGGGGGACCGCUGACUGCCUUGGAGGGGCACUUCUCCACCCCAAGCCAUCCUCAGCCAUACCCGCACCAGCAGCUGUGCCUCUGGCAGAUCUUGGUGCCCGUGGGCCACGUCAUCGACCUGCACUUCCACAACUUCAGUCUGGAGUCGCAUGAGGAUUGCAGCUUCGACUUCGUGGAGGUGCAUGACAGCGCAGGCACGGGGGCCGCCAGCCUCAUGGGCAGGUUCUGUGGCCACCAGCUGCCACCCACCCUGACCUCCUCACGCCAUGUCAUGACCAUCCUCUUUGUGGCAGACGAGGGAGUAGCUGACGACGGGUUCUUCGCCACCUACCAAGCCCGCAAUGCAACAGAGAAGACCUGCAGCCCUGCGGAGUUCUCCUGCGGAAAUGGGGAGUGCCGGGCGCUGGAGUCCGUGUGUGAUGGCUGGCACGACUGUCCCGAUGGCACCGACGAGCUCAACUGCACUGAGGUCUCCUACCCAGCCUUCGGGUCUGUCUGUGAACCUGUGGAAGUGGAGAUGUGCCUAGGGCUGGGCUACAAUGCCACCUCCUUCCCCAACAUCUGGCUGGCCAUCCCGGAUCAGGAGGGAGCCGCCGAGGUGCUGCAGGACUACCAGACGCUGAUGGAGCUCGCCUGCUACCAGCACCUCCGCCUCCUCAUCUGCAGCCUCUUCGUGCCCAAGUGCACCCCGGACGGCGGUGUCCUGCAGCCCUGCCGAGCCGUGUGCCUGGCUGCCGAGCUGCGGUGCCAGCAGUCCCUCGGCCUCCUUGGCAUCCUCUGGCCCAUCAACUGCAACAUCCUGCCCGACUCCAAUGACCCCAUAGAGUGCUUCCAGCCCUGAACUGCCAAGAGAAGAGGAGGAGGGGCUGAAGCAGCUUGCCCAGAGCCGUCCCCCACCCCAAAUGUCCACAGCCCUCAGUCUCUUUCCCACAGCCCUCAGGCAGCUGCUAGCCUAGCAGGGGAAGGGUUAAUGCUCCCCAAAAGGAGCAAGGCUGGGCCGAGGUGAGCCAUGCUGC